AUGGCUGAAUCUUUCUCGUCAAGAUUUUCAAAAAAAUUCACUCUUAAACGUCUCACAUUUUGGAUUUUUUGGUUUGGGACUCAUAUUUUUUUAUUCAUUUUUGGUUUCUUUAAGCAAAAGGAUGACAGAUCUUUGGAUAAUCUUAAUGUCAUCGGUUUCUCUGUAUGGAUUUCUCGUGGUGCUGGUCUAUGUCUCGCUUAUGACGGCGCUCUAAUCCUCUUACCUGUUCUCAGAAAUAUUAUAAAAUAUUUGCGUGCUAUAAGUUUUUUAAAUAAUCUUAUUUCAUUUGAUGAGAAUCUUCGGUUCCAUCGUCAAAUCGCUUAUGCUAUGCUCUUUUGGACUUUAGUACAUACUUUUGCUCAUUAUAUUAACUUUUGGGAGUUGGAACAACUUGGCAAGUUCCAAGUUUGGCAACUUCAUUAUACUACUUGGGCUGGCCUUACUGGCCAUUUUAUGUUACUUAUCAUGGUUUUAAUGUAUACCUCUGCUCAUCAUAAUAUGCGUCAUCAAUCUUUUGAAACUUUUUGGUACACUCAUCAGUUUGCUUUCUUCUUUAUGUUUUGUUUAUAUUUUCAUGGUCAUGGUUGUUUUGUAAAAACCGCUCAAGGUGAAUGUAAAGGCUAUUUUUCUUGGCGAUACACCAUAGUUGGUGGUAUUUUGUACCUUUUUGAACGUGUCCUACGAGAAAUCCGUGCUCGUCAGCCAACUCGAAUUACAAAAGUAAUUGACCAUCCUUCGAAAGUAAUUGAAAUUCAAUUUAAUAAGCCUUCUUUCCGUUAUAAGGCCGGCCAAUACUUGUUCUUAAAUGUCCCUGCUAUAUCAACUUGGCAAUGGCAUCCGUUCACAAUCACCUCGGCACCCGAUGAUCCUUACGUUUCCGUCCAUGUUCGUCUAGUUG